GGAACAGGGCGAGGAGCGAAAGCGAAAAUCGUUUUAUUCCAGCCCCGAUGCCUCGUCCUCACGCCGAUGAGCCUCGCCUUGCGCCGGGCUCCCUUCUCUGAAGCCCACGGCGCUCGGAGGAGCCGAUGGCGCACAAGUGCUGCGGGCAGGAGUGCGCGGGGAGUCACGAAGAAGACGACAGGAAGGUGAGGAGGAGAGAAAAGAACCGGGUGGCGGCGCAGAGAAGCCGGAAGAAGCAGACGCAGAAGGCAGACAAGCUGCACGAGGAAUAUGAGUCUCUUGAGCAAGAAAAUACCUCCCUGAAGAGAGAAAUCGGAAAGCUAACAGAUGAAAUGAAACACUUGAGUGAAGUGUUGAAGGAUCACGAGAAGAUCUGUCCACUAUUGCACUGCACCAUGAACUUUGUGACCGUACCAAGGCCCGAUGCACUUAGUAGCUGCCUGCCCAGAUGAGAUGUCGCCUCCACCACCUCUAGAUGCGAUGUGUGAAAGUGCCAGUACGAGGGGAGAUUUGAAGAACUGCAUACUUAGGGCACAGGCCUUCCCUUGAAGAGGGCUGGACUUGACCACACAGCUCUUCUCCACAUUGAAGUGUUUUAGUCUCCUGAAUCUCAGGAAAACAUCAGUAUGGAAAAAAUGACAACUCGAACUGUGACUUUUUAUAUUUUUGUAGAAUCUCCGAGCCAUGGUUUUGCAUUCAGAAAUGUCACAGUGCGAUGCAGCCCACCAUCGUGCAACGGAAUGUAGACAGGGAAAAGUACCGGCCUUGGGCUGAGAUGCCUUUCUCCCACGCAUCCACUGCUAGCAACCCUUUGUCAGUUGUCAUCCUUGUGUAUCAGAUUCUGGCUGCUGGUUUGUGGUUUUGUUUCUUUUUUUCUCUAAACAGGUUUGGUUAAUAAAAGCAAUGUCCUAUCUUUA